CCCAGUGAAGACUCACAGCAUGGAGGCAAAGGCCACCCGACGGCGACUGUGGAAGAGAGAGGGGCAGAGGGGACAGCAGGAGGACCAGCCCUCUGCAGGUCAGCUGGCUUCUGGAAACACUGAGACACACAGUGGCCCGGACUUGGUGCAAUGGACCCGACACAUGGAGGCCAUGAAGUCACAGUUGCUGGAGCAGGCCCAGGGACAGCUGAUGGAGCUGUUGGACCAGGCUGUCCAGGAGGCUGUGCAGUCCUAUCCGACACGGCAGGGCCCUCUGCCCUCCAUCCCACCAGACUCCUUGAACAAGACCCGGGAGCCGUCCCACAAGAAGCGGAAAGUCUUUGUAACCCGCCAGUCCCUGCUUGAUGAGCUGAUGGAGAUACAGCAUUUCCGCACCAUCUACCACAUGUUCAUCGCCGGCCUGUGUGUCUUCAUCAUAAGCACCUUGGUCAUCGACUUCAUUGAUGAAGGCAGGCCGAUACUGGAGUUCGACCUACUGAUCUACAGCUUCGGGCAGCUGCCCUUGACGUUGAUGACCUGGGUCCCCAUGUUCCUGUCCACUCUGCUGGCGCCCUACCAGGCUCUGAGGCUGUGGACGAGAGCCCAGGCCGGGGGGGCCUGGACGCUCAGGGUGGGCCUGGCCUGCGUGCUGCUGGUCGCUCACACAUCGGUGCUCGCGGUCCUCCCGAUCUACGUGGUGGCGGAGCACCAGCUCCCGCCCGCCUCCAGAGGAAUCCUGGUUUUUGAACAGGUCAGGUUCCUGAUGAAAACCUACUCCUUCUUGAGAGAGACUGUUCCUGGGACUCUUGGUUCCAAAGGAGGUGAGGCCCCCAGCUUCUCCACCUACCUCUAUUUCCUCUUCUGUCCCACGCUCAUCUACAGAGAGACCUACCCCAGGACCCCCAGCAUCAGGUGGAGUUACGUGGCCAAGAAUUUUGCCCAGUUCUUGGGCUGUGUAUUCUACGGCAGUUUUAUCCUGAGCCGCCUUUGUAUUCCUGUCUUCUCCAACAUGAGCCAGGAGCCCUUCAGCACCAGGGCCCUGGUGCUCUCCAUCAUGCAUGCCACUUUGCCAGGCAUCCUCAUGCUGUUGUUCAUCUUCUUUGCGUUCCUCCACUGCUGGCACAACGCCUUCGCAGAGAUGCUGCGCUUUGGAGACAGGAUGUUCUACCGGGACUGGUGGAACUCUGCUUCCUUCUCCAACUACUACCGCACCUGGAACGUGGUGGUACAUGAUUGGUUGUACAGCUACGUCUAUCAGGAUGCAAUGCAGCUUCUAGAGGGCCGGGCCCGAGGGCCAGCCAUGCUGGCUGUGUUCCUGAUCUCCUCCGUGGUGCAUGAGUACAUCUUCUGCUUCAUGCUGGGCUUCUUCUACCCUGUCAUGUUGGUCCUCUUCCUGGGCGUUGGAGGGCUGCUGAACUUCAUGAUGAAUGACCGCUACACGGGCCCGGCAGGGAACGUGCUGAUGUGGACCCUGCUCUUCCUGGGCCAGGGCAUCCAGGUCAGCCUGUACAGUCAGGAGUGGUAUGCCCGACAUCACUGUCCCCUGCCCCAGACAACCUUCUGGGGACUGGUGACACCUCAAUCUUGGUCCUGCCACACCUAGUGCUCAGGACAUCCUCACUGCUGGGAUGACACCACUAAGGUCUUCUCUGCCUGUGAGGCCUGGGCUGGUGUUCCUCCGUCUGCUCCCAGGCUGAGUUCAGAGCCACGCUCCACUCCACAGCUAACUCUUGAACUGACAGCUGGGAGGCGGUGGGCAGCCUAGCUCAGACUCAGCGAGGUGGUGGCACCCCAGAGCUCCUGUCCCUGUGGGUCGGGCACAGGGCCCCUUGCUGAAGGACCUUAGCAGAAUCCUCAGCUGCCACUGGAAGCAUCAAGGUCUGAGAAGGGCAUGAUUCAUUGUACUUCUCCCAACAAUAAACUGUGAACUUUUAUUCA